AUGGCAGGCAGGCCUCCGGGAGGUCCGACCUCUGCCAACAAUGAGGACCUGCUCCUCGACCUGAGCGAGCCCGGCCCGGCCUACAACUCGGGUCAGGGACCGCCUACCAACGACGAGAACCUGUUGCGACACUACGAUAUCAACGACACCGACGCGGCGCAACCCCGACCUUCAGAGUCCUACGAUGAUUUUGUCGGCGGCAGUGGCACGGCGGCGGCCCCCGCCGGCCAUGCCAGGCCGCUGUCGGAGAACAACCCUUACCUUACGACCAACACUGGUAGAAUUUACUCGCAAUCUUCCGACCUCCAAAAUUACCAGAGGUAUACAGACGUCGAGGACGAUGCGGCUCUCUCAAUGCAGAAUUCAUAUGCGGCGGGCGGCCUGUACGACAGUCAGUUGGAGGAAGCGCCUCCAGGCCCAGUGCGGAGACAAACCAAGAACCGCAACAGCGUAAUGAGUCUGGGUGGAGGGCUCAUGGGACGGGUCAAGAAUACGCUGGGUAUGGGCUCUGAAUAUUCGGAAAUGGACGUUCCAUUGACAGAGUCUGGGGCUCGCAAUGCCGAGACGGAUUCUGGCGGCAACGCUCAGCCUGCUGCCGGCAAGAAGAGCUCGGGAUUCAAGUUUGGGUUUGGAGGAGGAAAGCCGGACCCAUCCACUCUCGGACCCCGGAUAAUUCACAUGAACAACCCGCCCGCGAACGCUGCCAACAAGUACGUGGAUAACCACGUCUCCACGGCCAAGUACAACAUCGCUACCUUCAUCCCGAAAUUCCUCUACGAGCAGUUCUCCAAAGUCGCCAACUUGUUCUUCUUGGGUACUGCGAUUAUGCAACAGAUUCCCAAUGUCUCUCCCACUAAUAGGUAUACUACGAUUGCACCUCUUAUCAUUGUCUUGUUGGUAUCGGCCAUCAAAGAAUUGGUUGAAGACUUUCGCCGGAAAUCUCAAGACAGGGGUCUGAACAACUCAAAGGCGCGCGUGUUGAAGGGCUCGUCGUUCCAAGAGACUAAAUGGAUCAACGUUUCUGUGGGAGACAUUGUGCGCGUGGAAUCCGAGGAGCCUUUCCCUGCGGAUCUUGUUCUCAUGGCUAGUUCUGAACCUGAGGGUCUCUGCUACAUCGAAACGGCUAAUUUGGAUGGAGAAACGAACCUGAAGAUCAAGCAAGCCAUUCCGGAGACUGCGACCCUCGUUAGCCCAGCGGAGUUGAGCAGGUUAGGUGGAAGGCUCCGUUCCGAGCAACCCAACAGUAGCCUGUACACCUACGAAGCCACCUUGACCAUGCAAGCGGGUGGAGGCGAGAAAGAAUUGCCCCUGCAGCCGGACCAGCUCCUGCUCCGUGGUGCCACUCUGCGCAACACGCCUUGGAUUCACGGCAUCGUCGUGUUCACUGGCCACGAAACGAAACUUAUGAGGAACGCUUCUUCCGCGCCAAUCAAGAAGACCAACGUUGAGAGGCUGGUGAACUACCAGAUUCUCAUGCUUGGAGCCAUUCUCAUCAGCCUCAGCGUCAUCAGCUCCAUCGGAGAUGUUAUCAUUCGCGCCAAGGAAAGGAAACAGCUCGUUUAUGUCGGACUGCAGGAGACCCCUCUAGUUGGACAGUUCUUCCUUGACAUCCUCACGUACUGGGUUUUGUACUCCAAUCUGGUUCCGAUCUCACUCUUCGUGACCAUCGAGAUUGUGAAAUACUACCAAGCGUUCUUGAUUGACUCCGACCUUGACAUUUAUCACGAUGAGACCGGUACGCCUGCAAAUUGUCGCACGUCAUCGCUGGUUGAAGAGCUUGGCCAAAUCGAAUACAUCUUCUCUGACAAAACGGGCACACUUACCCGUAACAUGAUGGAGUUCCGACAGUGCUCGAUAGCUGGCAUUCAGUACGCCGAUGAGGUUCCGGAGGACCGAAGAGGGACUACUCAAGAUGGCAUGGAGAUCGGAAUUCACGACUUCAACACGUUAAAGGAAAAUGGGGUGAAGCACUCCUCGCGCGAGAUCAUUCACCAUUUCCUUACGUUACUGUCUACUUGUCACACUGUCAUCCCUGAAACGAAUGAGAAAGGCGUCAUCAAGUAUCAAGCCGCUUCUCCCGAUGAGGGUGCUCUUGUGGAAGGUGCCGUCACCCUGGGAUACCGGUUCAUCGCAAGAAAGCCUAGGUCGGUUAUUAUCUCCGCCCAUGGACAGGAAGCGGAGUACGAGCUCUUGGCUGUUUGCGAAUUCAACUCUACCAGGAAGCGGAUGUCGACCAUCUUCAGAUGCCCCGAUGGCAAGAUUAGAUGCUACACCAAAGGUGCGGAUACGGUUAUCCUUGAACGAUUGGCAAAGGACAACAACGCUAUGGUUGAACCAACUCUGCAACAUCUUGAAGAGUACGCUGCGGAAGGUCUACGAACGCUGUGUUUGGCGAUGCGCGAAAUCGACGACAACGAGUACCACGAAUGGCGCCAGAUCUAUGAUACCGCUGCGACUACUGUCAGCGGUAACCGUGCUGAUGAGCUUGACAAGGCUGCAGAACUCAUUGAACAUGAUUUGACAUUGCUUGGAGCUACCGCCAUUGAAGACAAGCUGCAAGACGGCGUGCCGGAUACCAUCCAUACUCUUCAAACCGCCGGUAUCAAGAUCUGGGUUCUCACUGGUGAUCGCCAAGAAACUGCCAUAAACAUUGGAAUGAGUUGUAAGCUCAUUAGCGAGGAUAUGACGCUUCUGAUUGUCAACGAAGAAACCCACGAUGCAACAAGAGACAACCUGGAAAAGAAGCUCAACGCUAUCAGGUCUCAAGCGGAUGGCACGAUGGAGUUGGAGACGUUGGCCUUGGUUAUCGAUGGCAAGUCUUUGACGUACGCUCUCGAAAGAGACUUGGAGAAGAUGUUCCUUGACCUUGCAGUCAUGUGCAAGGCUGUCAUUUGCUGCCGUGUAUCCCCUCUCCAGAAAGCUUUGGUAGUCAAGCUUGUCAAGCGUCAUCUAAAGGCGAUUCUUCUGGCCAUUGGUGACGGCGCCAACGACGUAUCCAUGAUCCAGGCGGCUCAUGUAGGUGUUGGCAUCAGCGGUAUGGAAGGUCUCCAGGCCGCUCGCAGCGCUGAUGUCGCCAUUGGUCAAUUCCGCUUCCUGCGCAAACUGCUUCUUGUACACGGUUCAUGGAGCUACCAGCGUGUCAGCAAGGUCAUCUUGUACUCUUUCUACAAGAACAUUGCACUUUUCAUGACUCAGUUUUGGUACUCUUUCCAGAAUGCCUUCUCUGGUGAAGUUAUCUACGAGUCCUGGACGUUGUCCUUUUACAACGUCUUUUUCACCGUCUUCCCUCCCUUCGUCAUCGGUAUCUUCGACCAGUUUGUCAGUGCCCGUCUGCUAGACCGAUACCCUCAGCUCUACCAGCUCAGCCAGAAGGGCGUGUUCUUCCGCAUGCACUCUUUCUUCUCCUGGGUAGCCAACGGUUUCUACCAUUCCUUGCUCCUGUAUUUUGCCUCGCAGGCGAUUUGGUUCUGGGAUGCGCCACAAAGUGAUGGCAAGGUUGCCGGUCAUUGGGUGUGGGGCUGCGCACUGUACACUUCAGUACUGGCCACGGUGUUGGGCAAGGCGGCACUGAUCACGAACAUCUGGACCAAGUACACCGUCGUUGCUAUUCCUGGUUCUAUGAUCAUCUGGAUGAUCUUCCUACCGAUUUACGCCUAUGUUGCGCCGAAGAUCGGCGUCUCAGAGGAAUUGGAAGGUGUCGUCCCCAGACUCUUUGCGAGCCCGGUCUUUUGGCUUAUGGGUCUGGUUUUGCCGUGCCUGUGUUUGCUCAGAGAUUUUGCUUGGAAAUACGCGAAACGGAUGUACUACCCGCAGGCCUACCACCAUAUCCAAGAGAUUCAGAAAUACAACAUUCAAGACUACCGUCCCAGGAUGGAGCAGUUCCAGAAAGCCAUCCGCAAGGUCCGCCAAGUGCAGCGCAUGCGCAAGCAGCGCGGCUACGCCUUCUCGCAGACGGACGAAUCACAGGCGCGCGUCCUGCAAGCCUACGACACGACACGGGAGCGUGGACGGUAUGGCGAGAUGGCCAGUUCCAGACGCUGA